UGCGGCUGGCCAGACGUGGGCAGGGCUUUUAUUGUGAAAGGGGCCUCCCCCUCCCGCGCUUUCUGGGGAUUGGGGAGGCUGGGCCGCGCCUUAGGCUGGGGCUUUGCAAACUCUGAAAAGGUCCCCAGCGGUUGGAGGCGCCUCGCGGCAGCAGGACCCCACAGACCCACGCGCGGAGCAGCCUACUGUGUGUCCUCCCCCGCUCCCCGCCGCGAUGUGGCGGCGGGAAAGGUGUGGACCCGAGCCCAGCGCAGCCUGGCAAGUCUGAGCUCCAGGGAUGAGACUGCCAGUAGGCUGAGCUGGGGAACCUGCUGGAGUACCGCGCGGGGACAUGGCAUCUUGGCUCUGGAGAAGGCUUCGUGGAAGGAAGCGGUCGGUGAUGGUGUCCUGCCUCUUGAUGAUUCUGUCUGCGGUGGCUGUCACCCACUUUCCUCCAGAGCAUCCAGCUUCCACUCCAGGACUUGGUCCCAUGGAGCCCCAGGGGAAAAUGGGCAUGCCUGACCCCAACAUUUGGCAGACUUUGAACUCUAGCCAGAGGCAGCAGGCAAAAAACCCGGGCUUCCAGAGAGGCCAGGCUUUGCCCAGAAAUUCCAUCCUGGUCUGUGCUGAGAAGCAAAGCCACAGAAGGCGAGUGGACAGAAGCAGACACCCACUCAGGGUCAGGAGAGGUGUUCCUGUGACAGGAGGUCUGACACUCAGUGCCCACCAUCCUGUGCUUCUAAUUGAGAAUGAGGUCAGAGAUGCAGGAGGCACAGCCCUCGAUCAGCCUGGGCAUGAUGGUCCCGUCCAAGAGACACAGAGUAUGACAGACACCCUGGUUAGCCCACUCACAGGGAGCAGCCAGGCAGCUUUCCAGGCAUGGGGAGGUGCUGCUGCAGUGAGCUUUAGGCCCCAACCAUCAGAAGGUGAGGAUUCCCUGCCAGGAGCCAGGGACAGAGGCUGGACUGGUGGGAAGGCUGGGGGUGCCACCUCAGGUUCUGUGACUCACUGGUGGUCUGGCUCUGUUGGAGAGCUGCGAAGGUCCUCGUGGUGCCACACUGAGACCCCUGGGUUAUUGGUCAGUGCUGUGACUGGGGGGCCGGUUCCACCUUGGUUCACAGAACAUGAUGUGCAGACUCUCUGGCUACUGGCCCACGGGGAGGUGGUGGGCAAAGCCAGGGUCCCUGCCCAUGGGCAGGUGCUGCAGGUCGGACUGUCUGCUGACGGUGCCCUCCAGGACAUGUCUCCUCUCAGGCUCAGCCAGCUCUGCUCCCAGGGCCUCUGUGGGCUGGUGAAGAGGCCCAGUGACCUGCAUGAAGUCCUGUCCUUUCAUGUGGACCGUGUACUGGGACUCCAGCGGAGCCUGCCUGCUGUGGCCCGGAGCUUCCACAGUCCUCUUCUGCCCUACCGCUACACAGAUGGUAGUCUGAGGCCCAUCAUCUGGUGGGCACCCGACGUGCAGCACUUGGGAGACCCAGAUGAGGACCAGAACUCUCUGGCCUUGGGCUGGUUGCAGUACCAGGCCCUGCUGGCACGAGGCUGCCGCUGGCCAGGCCAGAUGCCGUGCCUGGGCAUCCAUCAUGCCGAGUGGGCGCGUUUGGCCCUCUUUGACUUCCUGCUGCAGGUUCAUGACCGCCUGGAUCGCUACUGCUGUGGCUUCGAGCCUGCACCCUCAGACCCCUGUGUGGAAGAGGGACUCCGAGAGAAAUGUCAGAACCCAGAAGAGCUGCGGCUGGUCCACAUCCUGGUCCGGAGCAGUGAUCCAUCUCACUUGGUGUACAUAGACAAUGCUGGCAACCUUCAGCAUCCCGAGGACAAGCUGAACUUUCGGCUGCUGGAGGGCAUAGAUGGGUUUCCUGAGUCUGUUGUGAAGGUUCUUUCAUCAGGGUGUCUACAGAACCUGCUGCUCAAGUCGCUGCAGAUGGACCAGGUGUUCUGGGAGAGCCAAGGUGGAGCCAGAGGUCUGAAGCACGUCCUUGAGACACUGGAGAGGCGAGGGCAGGUCUUGCUGAGACACAUCCAGAAGCACAACCUCACACUGUUCAGGGACAAGGACCUGUGAGCCCAUCUCUGUCUGGGCAGAGCACACCUUGCUGGAGGACUUCCCACAAUGUAAGCCUGGGCUGGUGAGUGCUGGCCAUCCUGUUGACAAAUGGGAAAAGCCAGAAGCUGGAGGAGCCUACGGUGCCAUGCAACAGUUCACCUGCUGGGGAUGGUGCAAGACCUUCAGCCUCACAUUCCUGUCUGCAUUCUCAGCUCUGGCUAUUUACUCCCAUGCAACAAUAAAUGUGUUUAAGAAUGUUCUGUGAACCAUUCCCUGCACAUGUACAUGCAGUGCUGUGUGAGGUAUGUAGGUAUAUGCAUGAACCUGGAACUUCAUGAAUGUUAGGCAAGUACUCUACCAACUGAACUCACAUGCCCAACCAGAGAAGCCUAAUUUUUUUAAGAUUCAUUUUUUAAUUAAAAAAUUUACUUUUAGGUGCAUAGGUGUUUUUCCUGCCUAUAAAUUUGUGCACUAUGUGCAUACCUGGUGACUGCAGAAGCCAGAAGGGACCCCUGGGACUUGAGUUAGACAAUUGUGAACUGCCAUGUGGGUGCUGAGAAUUGAACCUGGGUCCUCUGGAAGAGCAGCCAGUGCUCUUAACCACUGAGCCAUCUCCCCAGCCCCUAAUUGUGUGUGUGUGUGUGUGUGUGUGUGUGUGUGUGUGUGUGUGUGUGUAAUUACACAUGUGUUUGGGUGCCUGUGGAGGACAGAAAAGGACAAUCAGACUGCCUAGUAUGGGUGCUGGGAACUAAACUCUGUGUAAUCCUCUACGAGAGCAUACUCUUAAUCAUUAAGCCAUCUUUCCAAUGGCAACAGGGAGAAGCCCUUUAUAAAAACUGAAUUUCCCUUAUAAUUGUAGAAAUUAUCUCCAUCUCAGUGUUAGCCUUUGCAUGUUUUAUGGGCCGACUUUUCAGGGUAAGAUGUCUGUCCCUUCCUUGGUAGUGUGUUAGCUUUGACUCUGAGCUGCAGCUACUCAGCCCUUUCUGUUAGCUUGUCUGUGUUUCCUCUCUGCCAUCUACAGCUUGACUCUGUCUUUCGUGAAGUAGGAAACUAAUUCUAUGCAGUCAAACUUGUUGAUUUUUGCCUGUGAGUCUCCCGGGUUCCUGUCUUCUUAGGCUGUUUUCCUUCAGAUCACAGAACUAUUAUUGGUGUACUUUUACUUCAGUGCAUAUUUGUGUGAAAUUUGCAUUUGAAAGUGGCUUGAGUUAGGGGUGUAACUUAAGUUUCCUUGCUCCAGAUUCUAUUCAAGUGUCUAUUCUGUUCCCACCAAUCUGAAAGUAUAUUCUUAUCAGAUAAGUUCCCAAGCACACAGACGUCACUUGUGAACUGUACUAGCCCUGCUGACAGUUUCCUAGCUCCCUACUUCAACAGGACACUGUUCUGAUCAAAGUUACUUUAUUCUGUCUGGUAGCACAAGUAUCCACUUAAAAAUAUUUGUGUAUGAGUGUUUUGUCUGCAUGUAUGUCUGUGCACCACAUGCACGCAGUGUUGGGAACUCAAGUUGGGUCCUCUGGGAGAGCAUCUGAUGCUCUUAACUGCUGAGCAAUCUUUCUAGCCCUCUAGAUAAAUAUUUAUAUGAGCCUUUAAGGGGAAAAUCAAAAUUUCCAUUUUAUUUUUAAUUUCUCUUCAUUUAUGAUGUUGUGUGACCUUCAUUGUUUGUUGGUUUGUUUUUUGGGAGAAAGGUUGAAUAACAGCUAGCAAUAUUUACAUCUUACUCCUGACUUUAGUGAGAACAUGUCUAUGGAUUCACUAUUAACUGCGAUCAGGGAGAAUGCAUGACCAAGCACUACCUAGGUCAAAUGUGAUUUUUGUGGCUAUUCCCCACAGAUGCACUCCUCUUCAUAGGCUCCGUGCAAGACACUGCCCAUGCAAGGUGGGCACAGCGUGCUCCCUUCACAAUCCCGAUGCUAUCCCACUGUGUCAUCUCCUUUGACAAUCAAAAUUAAAGGUCAUCUGGGUACUCA